AUGGAUGGAUACGAUGAACAUUUGGCUAAAGAUCGGAGUUAUGUUACCAAAUCUCGAGCUCAAGCGGCUCUGCAAAAGCUUGGUAUUCUCCUGCAUAUCGGCCUGCGUAAGUUAACAAUUCAGGAUAAAACCUAUGCCCUCUAUAGCGAUAUGCCGAGAUCACCAAACAAUGUUGGACAAAUUGUUCUCUGAAGUAACUGUAAUCAAUGCCGGGCGAAAUAUUUUUCCAUCGCCAGAAACAGGCAAUUUCGGUACUGCCAAAGUAAUCGAAAAUGAUGAGGAAGUGUAUUGCUUUCCUGAACAACAGACUUCUCAAUCGUCACAUGCGUUUUCACAGGGAUCGUCGUAUAUUCCACCAUCAGACGGCACACAAGAAUCGCGCAGUUCUCAAUGCUUAGUGUCAAAUGUUAUACCACCGGUAGGGCUUUUGUAGGUUGUAUUAAUUUGCUUGUAUUUAGUUGCAUUGCGCAAGGAGGACAGCGCCCAAAACUUGCGAAAAAUUUUACGAAUUCGGUCAAGCCGCAGAGGUUUCAAAUUUGCAGCCAAGGAAACGGUUUCGCGAUCUGACUAAGAGGCAGAGAAACAGACGAUCUCAAAGCCUCUUUGAGAUUUUAAAAGUAUCUGCUGAUUGUAUGGCCGGCAAAGAUGACAGUGAACAGUUAAUACAAACUGUCAUCGCAAACAACGGAAACAGCCAGCCUUCAGGUAGUGCCGAUAUGGAUGAGUUACUGUCAUACUCGGCUAGACUCUUUUAUCAACUUGAGACACGUCAAGAAAGAAUAGCACUUCUGAGUAUAUUAACCAGAAAUCUGCCGUACUCUUACAUAGAAAAAUAUAUUCCAUCGUUAUCAAGAAGAUAUUACACAGAAUCAAGACGUUAUGCAUUGGAUUCCAGCUCUUUAUCGGCUCCAGCAAAGAGGACAGUUACAAGAGUGAAUAAACUACAACUAAAUCAAUUUAUUGACUAUAUUACAGGGUAGGGAAAUCCAUUACUACAUUUGAUUUAUUUUUUAGCCCGUCGGUGAUGAUCGGUCUCCCCUUUGGGGAAAGAAAAGGGAAAACAUCGACUGGAGCCGAAAUUUUAAUUCCAAACACAAUUCGGCUUUUCCGACAUGAACAGAUUUACCGAAAUUACAUCGACUAUUUGAGCGAACUUGGAAUUUGUAGUGGUGCAAUAUCCAGAUCAACUGCACUGAAAAUCUUGAAUGUUUGUUCUGCAAAUAGGCGAAAAUCGCUAACAUGUAUAGACGAAUUUAUUGCGGACGCCGACGACGUAAGACUGUAAUCAUAAUUUCGUAAAGGAAAAUUUUUAUUUAGGGAUUUGACACAAUUAAGCAGAAUUUGGAGGAAGUCGGCGACCUCUUUGAACCCAACAGACUCAAGUCGCUUGAUAAGAAAUUAAUGGAAAUUAAACAGUAUCUUCGUGGGGACUUCCGCCUGCAUGUCAAGAAUUACUCUCGAGUUCCAGACCAUUGCAUUUUACACUCUCUUAGCAAUCAUCAAGAUAAACGGUUUAAAGAGAAGUGCGAUGAGCAAGGUGAAAACUCGCAUGAACAUACAAUCUUAUGCCCAAGAUGCGAAAUGGAAAAGCAGACACUUGGAGAGGUCCAAAAUACGUUCGAACAGCUCCUUACCGACGCCCGAAAGGCGCAAGACAAGCCUAAAAUUACUUAUUAUGAAGACAUGACAACUGAUUUUCUCGAGGCAAUUGAGAAAAUUAAAAAUCUCAAGCGUCAUCAAGUUCGAGCCGCGCACAGUAAUAAAGUAAGAGAAGAGCUCAUCGGAAGACUGAAACCUGGUGAAGCACUGAUCGUCUUAGACUUUGCGCAGAAGGUCCUGCAGAUGCGCUUCCGUGAAACGCAACAACAAUAUUUUGGUAAACGAGGAAUGUCUUUGCAUGUUGCACAUGUGACUGCAAUAAGUCCUAAUGGAAAACUAAUUCAGCAUUCAUUUCUACAUGUGCUGGGAGUUGAAGUUCAGGUAAAAUUGAAAUUAGCAAACUUGUUACUUUAUUUUUAGGAUGGUGAGGCCGUAGUGGCAAUCAUUAGACAUUGUCUGGAAAAUUUAAAGCAAAAUGGAAUCGAGAAAGUAACUUUGAGAAGUGAUAACGCAGGUAAGAGAAAAAUAAUGAUAUAAUAUUGAACACACAAAUUAUAGAUCGAAAAAAUUACAGUUAAUUCCUAGAUUCUCAAGCACUUAUUUCUGCUGUCCAAUGCUGACACAUUGUAAAAUCGUAUUCCAUUUCAGGGUGUUAUCAUUCUCAGGGAACAAUUCUUUCCUUGCCCGCCAUUUCAAAGCAAACAUCGGUCCACAUAGAAGCCUAUGAAUUUUCGGAAGCACAAGCCGGGAAAUCAACUGCAGACCGUGUUAUAUCUACAAUGAAGAGGCGGAUUCGUGAUUUCGUUGACUCAGGCAAAAAUGUGUUGGAUGCAGGCGACUUGUACUCAGCUCUACACUACCCGAAAGCGCUUCAUGGGGUGUCAGUGCACGCUGGAUUUAUCAAAGACAGAGAAACCCCACAAAAAAGGAAGGAAAUGGAACGUUAUCGAAAUGCAAUUGGAAGUGUGACCAAUCAGUAUUCUUUUACGUUCUCAACAAAUGGACUUGUAACCUAUCGAAAUUUCUACAAGAUUGGAGAGGGAGUAACCGUCAUGCCCGAAGAUUAUAAGAACGCUGAAUAUUCGGCGUUUUUCAAGUCUGAGCAGAGCACUGAUUUUUCAGUAGUCAAAUUUUGGACCGGGGACCCCGAUUUCGAAAUUCCUUUCGGUGACUUCCCCGAAUAUGAGGCAACAACGACAACCCCGCUCCCACCAUUAAAUUUGGCCGGUAAUGUUGAGCCGUUGAUUGAAGAUUCAGAAGGGCAUGAGGAAGUCCAACCCCCAUCAGCUUAUGAAACACGAAUUAACGAUGUGGAGGAGGAAAGCGCGAUUCCAAAUACAGCACAUGGCACACUAUUUGAAUGUCCGGAACAGGGCUGCGGUAAAAAAUUUAUACGACUGUCAAAUCUGGCACGCCACAUACAGAUUGGUAAACACGAAAAAAACCCUGAUGUUGUAAGAAUGGAAGACUACGUGCUUCAGGCGUAUGCCGACAAGCUGGAAACACUUGAUCCAAGGAAUACAUUUUCUUCAAUAACAGGCAACCAGAACUUUCUAACAGUCGAAGAGGUAGAUGCAGAAGACAAAUCCAAUAUGGUUAAAAUGGGAUGGGCAAGAAAACCAAAGCGGACACGGCAUGUUGCCAGCGAUGCCGCCCGAGCAUUUGUUGUAAAGUUUUUUGAAGAAGGAAAGCGAUCAAAAAGAAAGUACGAUCCAAAAUAUGUGGCUCGGGAAAUGAAAAUUGCCAAAUCGCCAACAGGAGAACGACUAUUUACUGCAAACGAACGGUUGAACUACAAACAAAUAGCAUCCAUGUUUUCCCGCUUAGGGCGUGAAGACGCAUCUGCGAAAUCGUCGACUACUACUUCUACCGAGAUUGAAUUUAAUGAUGAAUUAGAUUAUAGAACAGAUCCUAAUUUCGAAAAUCCGUUUGAUGAGCUGCUUGAGCGAGUGGAAAAUGCUAAAGAAACAGAUGAAGCGGGAAAAGAGCAUUUGAGCUUUGAUAUUUCCUAUGAUGAGCCUGAGUUUAUAGCUUGCAACCGGCCCAAUAGGCCAACUCAAUCGUCGGCCGAAGAUUGCCCCAAUUCCGGAGAUGAUCCGGAACCUCCAGUAAAAAGGAAGAAAGAAUUUUAA